AUGGCGGCCGCCCAAAGAUCCGCGGGGUCCGUCGAAGAUAACAAUGGCUGCGUUGUCCCCCAAUUACUUCCAGACGACGGUGACUCUGAUGACCAGAACGCUGAUGGUUUUACCCCGCCGGCCGACGGCUACCUUAACGAAGAACAAAGGCAGUCGGACGAAAAAGGAAUUCCUUUGGCUACACCCUGGACAUUUUGGUUAGACAAGGAAGAUGAAUUCAAUUGCAAGGGAGGUAACUGGAGUUUUAAGUGCCAGAAAACAGACACUGCUUUCGUGUGGAAGGAAUUGCUUUUAGCUGUCAUUGGUGAACAGUUGGUUGAUUGUAUGGCAGAAGGUGAUGAAAUUGGUGGUUUGAGUUGCAGUAUCCGAAACAAAGAAGAUGUUUUCCAGGUUUGGAAUGUUCGUUCUGACCUUGAAGAAAAGUCCAGUCUGGUUGAGAAAGUGAAGUCUCUAUUACCAGAAGUCAAUUUUACGUCUGUCCACUACAAAACUUUCCAAACCCACCAAGCAUUUGAAGGUCACAAGGUCAUCAGUGGCUCAUCUUAA